CUCAUUCAUACUCCAUCAUCUCCACUAAAUAUCCCCAUUGGAUUCAUCUCAAGGGCGACCACUAUUUAAGCAGGAUUUAUCGCCAUGAGUCACAAGAUGUCGGCUUGGGAUCCCGAUGGUUUCUGAGCAUCAAUUAAGAAAGUAUUGACUUCCGGAAGAAUGAUCAAAAGAAUUUCUUUUUCUCUCGUUGGUCUCAGCUUGAUCAUUAGUUUGCAUUCACCACCUUGAAUUUCCGACCAUAUCUCACCAGUCUCCAGAGUGAUGGCCACAUCCAAGACUACCACCAUCUUCACCACCCAACCCUACCAUCCAUCACCACCCGAUACGCCAACCAGCCAACGCUCAUUCGCAGGCCCAAGCAACCUACACAAAAACACCCACACACAAAACGAUACCUUCAACAUCCGCGAUGAAGAAACAAUCCCACCCCAAACCGCCUUCUCCAUCAUCGAACCCCCCGCCCAACUAUCCGCCAUCACGACACACACCACCCACAUCCGCCCACUCGAUGGGGAAGAAACCUUCCCCGACGGCGGAACACGCUCCUGGCUUGUCGUGCUAGGCUCCUUUUUCCUGCUAAUGGCUAGCUACGGCAUGAUGAAUUCCACCGGCGUCCUCCAAAACUACUUCGCAACGCACCAACUCUCCGACUACUCCACCAGCGCUAUCGGCUGGAUCCCCGGUCUAUUCACGUUCUUCGGCCUAGUCCUCAGCGUGCAGAUCGGGCCCAUGUUCGACCGGUACGGUCCCACGGGCAUUCUCAUCGCCGGAUCAUGCUGCUACGUCGCCGGACUGCUCAUUCUGGCCGAAUGUAAGCUGUACUGGCACUUUAUGCUGACGCUGGGCGUGGUGAUGGGAUCCGGCGCGGCGCUGCUGAGUACGGCUGCCAUGGCGGCGGUGCCGCAGUGGUUUGACCGGCGGGUUGGAUUGGCGAUGGGGUGGGCCAUGUCCGGGGCUGGAUUGGGGGGUGUCAUGUUCCCGCUCGUGUUGAGGGCGGCGUUUGCGAGGCUUGGGUAUCAGUGGGCUAUCCGGAUGUUGGCGUUGAUGGUUGCGGUGAUGUGUGCGGUUGGGAUUGGGUUGGUGAGGUCGAGGUUGCCCAGGGGCCAGAGUAAAUCAAGUAUUGAUUUGAGGGCGUUUCGCGAUACGCGGUUUACGUGGUUGACGCUGGGGACUUUUGGACUGGAGUUGGAAGUCUUUGCCGGCUUGGGUUUGUAUCCCACGUACGUGGUGAUGCAGGGGUUUAACGUGUCAACCAGUGUGAUCCUGCUGUCCGUGUUGAAUGUCUUCUCUACGAUCGGCCGCCUCAUCGCCGGCCUCAUUGCCGACAAAUACGGGCGCAUCAACACGCAGACGGGACUGAUCUGCCUGGGUGCCCUAGCCAUCUUCACCAUCUGGCUCCCCUUCGGCCAUACUCUGCCCGGUCUAUACUUAUUCAGCUGCGUUUUUGGACUCGCAUCGGGAUCCUUCUUGAGCCUAGCACCGGCAUGCAUUGGGCAGAUCUCGAAAGCGAGCGAAGUCGGAGGCCGAUUUGGCAUUUGUUACUCUAUCGUGAGCUUAGCUACGCUCAUUUGCAUUCCCAUCGGUGGUGAGAUGCUCGAAACGGUGGGCAGCCGUGCGAUGGUUGGGUAUCUGGGGAGUGUGUUGAUCGUCGCUCUGGGGAUGUUUGUGAUGGCGCGGUGGGCAAGUUUGAGUUAUCGAUGGCGAUGGCAGGCCAAGAUUUAGAUUGUUUAGUUGCGAAAAGUCCUGGGUAUUAGCGUUAACGAGUGUUGGCGAUUGGAAAAGUGCAAUUUCAUAUUUUCAUUCCACGGUAGCAUAUGGAGGUAUGGAAUAUUGGAGCGGGAAUCACUAGCUUAUUGCUAGUUCAUAACGAGCAGGAAUAACAAGCAUCCACAAAUUGAGACGCCAAAAGUCCGGAACAAGCUCAAGAGAAGGAAAGUAAACAUAAAGCAUGGAUAGAUCGUAGGAGCCUCCAUCAAUUCUGUUCCCCACCCUGACUCUUCGAAUAUUCCUC